GUGAAGAAAAGAGAGGGGGAGGUGAGGAGAGGUUACAUUAGUUUAGAUUCAGUUAGGGUAGGUUAGGUUAAACUGCGUUGGGUGAGGUUAGAUUGUGUUGGGUAAGGCCAGGUUGGGUUGGUUAGGUGAGGAUAGGCUGGACCAGUCUAGCCGGUGCCGCGGACGGCGAUGGAGUCGGAGACUUUCGCCGAGGAGCUUCUGUGCGCCGUGUGUCUGGAUUUCUUCACCGACCCAGUGACCCUCCAGUGCGGCCACACUUUCUGCCGCCCGUGUGUCACCCGCUGCUGGGAGCGGCAGCGCACGGGUUCCUGCCCGGUGUGCCGGCGUCCCGGGCCGGCCAAAGACCUGCGGGGCAGCCGGGCCCUGCGGAACCUAGCGGACAGAGCUCGGGAGCUGAGCCGGAGAGGCGCCGGGCGACGGGGGGAAGCCGGCGGACAGGACGGGACUGCGACCGGUCACAGCCCGCAGACUCAACCGGCGGAGGACGCCGUGGGCUCGGCCAUAGAUUCCCUGAACAAGGCGAGAUCUGCAGCACUGGAGUAUAAACUACAGCAAAAGGAGAACAUAUCCAAGAUUAAAGAGCAGUGCGGCAGCCUGCACACGCUCAUCACCGGCGAGUUUGCUGCCAUGCACCAGUUUCUCACCGAGAGGGAGCAGCGUUUACUCGGGGAGUUGAGAGAGCAGAGGCGGACCAUCCUCGGGGCGAUGCAGCGGAACCUGCAGGCGCUCGACAACGACUUGCAAUCCAUCGAGCGCCAACUGGCAGAGUUGAAGGGGCAGGUGGAAGCGUCGCGGCAGAGAAGGCCGCCCGGAGCGGGAGCUCACACGGUGCUGCCGCUGCAGCUGACCCUGGGGCAGUUCAGUGGCCCUCUGCAGUACGCUGCAUGGAAGGCAAUGCUGGCACACCUGUGGCCAGCCCCGACCCCCCUGACUCUAGAUCCAGCCACUGCCCACCGGCGCUUGAGGCUGAGCCCGGACCUGCGGUCGGUCAGCCACUGUGACAUUGUCCGGCACGGGGCGACUCCCGGGCCGCUGCGCUUCGAGCCGUACGUCUGCGUGCUGGGGGCGGCGGGGGUGGGCGGGGGUCGCCGCUACUGGGAGGUGGAGGUGGGGGGCAAGAGCAAGUGGGAGGUCGGGGUAGUGGGAGAAUCGGCCGACCGCAAGGGCCGCCACCACUCGCCUGUCCCGGCCGCCGGCUUCUGGCUGCUGUGGCUGAGGAAGGGCCGCGAAUACUGGGCCCUCGAGCGGCCCCGCUGCCGCCUCUGGCCCCGCCGGCCGCCCCGCACCGUCGGCAUCUACCUAGACCACGAGGGCGGCCAGGUGUCCUUCUACGAUGCCGACAACAUGGCUCACCUGUACACCUUCACCCACACUUUCUCCGAGACCCUCUACCCCUACUUCUCCCCCUGCCUCAACGACGGGGGCACCAACUCACAGCCGCUCCGCAUCUGCGCCCCGCUGGGCACCCACUGGUCCUGACAUUCGGCCCAUCUAGCCCCCUGAUAGCCCUCAGUAGCCCCCCAAAGAUCUCAACAUCUAACUCCAUGCCACCCCUGCAGUGAGUUCGCAAGUGAUAAGGACCCAAUUAAGCCGGUGGCAUAUGGCCAAAAGGUUUAGGAGCAGAAUUAGGCCAUUCGGCCCAUCUAGCCCCCAUGCCAGCCCUCAGCAACCUCCAGUGAGUUCACAAGCUCUUAAACAUAGCGGAGUCA